CGGGGGCCCGCGAGCCUGAGGUAAAUACUGGGGUGGUGGGUGUGGGGUUCCGGGCCGGCCCCGGACACGCAGUCUAUGAAGCCGGGCCCGGGGCAUUGAGCGGCGGCCGAGAAGGCUAAGGAAUGUGGUGUCUUAAGUAAUAGAAUCUCAUCAUCUAGUUCUGGUGGGCAACCAAGAGGACUGGCAAGAGUCUGGACUGUCUUGGAGGCAUAUGGAAGCUCCCUGCCUAACAAUUCUUAAGGAGGCACUUUGAAUUGCUGUCUUUUUACAGCAUGGACACCAAGUUGUUAACAGCUUGCUUUGGGACUUCCAGUAACUUCCUUUUUGGGGAUUUUAUGACAAAUUUUCUAGUGGCUCCUUUUUGUGAGUUGAUGUUCUGAAGUUCCUGUCACAAUGAGUUCAGGCCUAUGGAGCCAAGAGAAGGUUACUUCACCUUACUGGGAAGAACGGAUUUUUUAUCUGCUUCUUCAAGAAUGCAGUGUAACAGACAAACAGACACAGAAACUCCUAAAAGUACCCAAAGGAAGUAUAGGACAGUACAUCCAAGACCGUUCUGUGGGGCAUUCGAGAGUUCCUUCUGCAAAAGGCAAGAAAAAUCAGAUUGGAUUAAAAAUCUUAGAGCAACCGCACGCAGUUCUCUUUGUUGAUGAAAAGGAUGUUGUAGAAAUCAAUGAGAAAUUUACAGAGUUACUGUUGGCAAUUACCAACUGUGAGGAGAGGCUCAGCCUAUUUAGAAACAGAAUUCGACUAAGUAAAGGCCUCCAGGUAGACGUGGGCAGCCCUGUGAAAGUACAGCUGCGAUCUGGGGAAGAGAAAUUUCCAGGAGUUGUACGCUUCAGAGGACCUUUAUUAGCGGAGAGGACAGUUUCGGGGAUUUUCUUUGGAGUAGAAUUGCUGGAAGAAGGUCGUGGCCAAGGUUUCACUGAUGGUGUAUAUCAAGGGAAACAGCUUUUUCAGUGUGAUGAAGACUGUGGCGUAUUUGUGGCAUUGGACAAGCUGGAGCCCAUAGAAGAUGAUGACAAUGAAUUGGAAAGUGAUUUUGCAGCUCCGGGGGAUACAAUGCAGGCUGAACCUCCCCCUUUAGAAAUAAACUCAAGAGUUUCUCUGAAGGUCGGAGAAAGUGUGGAAUCUGGAACAGUAAUAUUCUGUGAUGUUUUGCCAGGAAAAGAAAGUCUAGGAUAUUUUGUUGGUGUGGACAUGGAUAACCCUAUUGGCAACUGGGAUGGAAGGUUUGAUGGAGUACAACUUUGUAGUUUUGCGAGUGUUGAAAGUACAAUUCUUCUGCACAUCAAUGAUAUCAUUCCAGAAACGGAAACUGAAGGCUCCUAACCUGCAUUCUGCCCUUCCUGUCUGCCUGUUGGUAUCAAGUCAUAAAUUGUUCUACAGUUUGAACAUGCUUCCCACGCAGCUUUUAGUUUUGUAGCAAGAGGCAUGAGGUUCAUAUGACAGCUUUACUUCAGUUCUGCUCUGAAAAAAAUCUGACAUACUUUACUUUUGAUUUCUUUUAAGAUAUAUUUGUUAUUGAGAAUUUUUAUGCAUGCAUGUAAUGUAUUUUGAUUAUAAUACCCCCCAACUCCUCCUGGGUUUCCCACUCCUAAUUCCUUUUCUUACUUUUUGGAAACAAAUGGUUUAUGUUCAGGGAAAGCAUAUAUGUCCUUAUUUUAUUUAGUUGUGUUUACUUUUUCAUCCAUGUUUUAUAGACAGCACAGUUUGGGAUGUUUGUGAAUUAAAAUGCUUUUUUAAUGUUACAAUGAGUGCUUAUUGUUUAAAAUACAACAGUGUAAAAGCACCAUUCAUUCAGAUAGUAGAAAGCCCUCACAUAGACUUCUUUAGAUGUGGAUAUUUAGGAGGCAAAGCACAUAAGCAUUCUUGGGGUUGAGACUGUAGCUCCAUGGUUAGAAGACUUGAUGAAGCUGUAAGUUCCAGUCUCAGCAUUGAACAAAAGUGAUGAUUAGGGCUAGCAAGAUGGCUCAGUGGGUAAGGGCACUUACCCUCAAGACUGAUUCCUGGAACUCACAUGGUAGAAGGAGAGAAUGACUCCUGCAGAUUGUCAUCUGAUCUAUACAUGCAUGCUAUGGCACAUGGGUGCACACACACACACACACACACACACAGAGUAAUAAAUUAACUAAAAUUUUUUUAAAUAAAGUAAUUCCUAUGUAGAACUUUCAUUUAAUAAGUUGAGAUAGAUAGUAAAUGAGCAGAAUCUAUGUUGAUAGUAAACGAACAGAAUCUGUGGUCAGUAAGAUGGUGAUGAGGCUGGAGAAUGGUCAAACAAGGGAUAAAGAAGAUGGGGUGCUGCCCUGUCACAUUCAUGUGUUCCCACAGACCUCUGCAGGAGACAUUUGAGCAGCACACACAAGAAAUUAUUUGGGAGCUGAAUUAAGAGGGCCUGUUCUAAAAGUUGGAGAGUUAUGCUGAUUUUAUAAUGCCAACUUGCUGAAUGGCUGGGAGGAAGCCCUUGUAAUUCUUUUUUUUAUUUAUGAAUUUUUUCACAGGAGCCAAUUCAGGGUAAUACUGCUUCUCUAUAGUCAUAUCUCACUGAUUUCAUAAUAUCCCACAAAUUCCACUUUAAUUAGCAAACAAGUAUGUUUGAGUAUUUUUUUAAGGAUUUUUUUUCAGGGAACUGUCCAGUGGUGCUUCUGAAACCUUAAAACCUGUGACAUUUUUGUGUGAAUAUAAUUAUCAAUUUUUAGCUAUCUUAAUUGCAUUGUUCUAGGGUUUACAUUUUAUAGUUGAAUGAAGUAUGUUGUGGGAUUGGGAAAAUCAUUGUUAGUAUAACCAUUCAAGAAGGAAGAAGAGGGGCUGGAGAGAUGGUUUAGAGGUUCAGAGCACUGCCUACUCGUCCAAAGGCCCUGAGUUCCAUUCCCA